GGACCUGAUGGGCUGGGCGAGGGAUGGUGCAAAGGGGUGGCGCGUGGCGGAGUUUCUUUGCGCGCAAGAACGCAGGAAGGCGCUGGCGCACCUGGCCAUCGCGUGCGCACCUUUGCAACCCCGGGAGAGGCGGCGCCGCUUCUUAUUUGCAACGGAUCCACAAGGUGGGAAGGGAGGAGAAAGAGAGGCAGCCCUGAAGCCACCCGCCCCGAUCCCAGGCUUGGCGUGGGAAGGAGGGAGCGGAGCUGAUCCACCUUACCCAGCCCCAAGGCGCAUCCAUCCCCUUCGUUCAGGAGAAAUUUCGUCUCCUGCCGGGAUAGAUCAGCCUGGAGAUCGCUGCAGAAAUGGCCCUGCUGAAAUGUGGCUGGCUCUGGAGACAGAGCUCUAUCCUGAGACGCUGGAAAAGGAACUGGUUCGUCUUGUGGGUCGACGGCACCCUCGUCUACUACCACGACGACACCGGACGCGAUAUGGACGGCCGGAUCAACAUCAAGUUCAACUGCCGGGACGUCCGGACAGGCCGCGAGUGCCGCGACAUCCCUCCUCCUGAAGGGAGAACCCGCGAGUGUCUGAUGUGCAUCGUGCAAAGAGACGGCUCCAAAACGAUGCUGUGUGCCGAAAGCGAGGACGACGCUGUAGCUUGGAAGAUAGCGAUUCUGGAGGCCAAAGCGACUCAGGUGCACCUGUACGACCCGUACGAUGACUAUUACCAGACGGUUCCCCUCGACUCCCACCAGGCGAUGUACGUCAGCUCCGAUUACUACGGCAACCAGUAUGGAGCGACCCACGUCAUUUUCCGCGAGGAUCCGUACCGCGUCUCCGGAGACCAGAUGGCCUUGGGCCUGCUGGCGGGGGCCGCCUCGGGGGCCGCACUGGGCUCGUUCAUGUGGAUGCCCUGUUGGUUCUGAGCCCCCUCUUCCGCAGACCCAGCCCAGACGCUCAGCUAAGACGCCGCUGCGAUUCCCCACCGGAGAGGGAGGGCCAAAGGGGGACCUGCUUUGUAGGGGGGGCCAGGGGGGCAGAAGCAAAAUCGGGAUCCCCCCGAAAAUCUCUGGGCCGUUUGCGGGAGGCCGGCGGCCGUCCCUUAUCACUAAAUCGUCUUAACAAAGAGUUAGCAGCAGAAAGGCUUCUUUCGUCGCAAGGAGGCCAUUAGCAUCCCUGAUGUGCAGGUAAGCCCAGUGGGGUAGGGUAGGCAGUAGGCCCCGCCCAGUCCCAGCCGCCAUUCUUCAUCUAGCCCCGCCCUCCCGAGCCACCAUUUUGCACUUGGCCCCGCCCACCCGAGCCACCAGUUUGUCUCUGCUCUAACAAACCAUAGCUAGCAAAUAUAAUCAGAAAUGGAUUCCACCAGCCUGGUUAUCUGCCCACACCUGAUGUCGACUCCGGGUGAUAUUUGCUUCUGCCGUCAAUCACAAGAGCCGCUUUUUCCGCUGCUGCACCCUCCCCUCCGCAUUUCGCUUUGCUAGGCAUCUUCCAGCUCGGCUUACUCAAAUCAGUCUUCGUGUAUUUUGGGGGUGUAGCUGCUUGCUAACGUUGUCCUGCCUCCCCAAACAACACCUCGGUUUUGUGUUGUUUUUGCUGGCACCCUGGAAAUUGCAGGUGAUUUCCCAGCUGCACCAGGGCACUUGUGAAAAAGGGGAGACACCCUCCAGUGCCCAGCGGAUACAAACUUUCCCCACUGUUCUUUCUGGCAAGGGCCCCCUCUGCAUUUUGACGCUUCCACGGCAGGCCGGAAUCCAGCAGGUCAAGCCUUCCCGCAACAAUGGGGAGCGGCUGCACCUGCCGAAUUACUGCUUCUCCAAAGCACAGAGCCCUGCGGGGAAGGAAGCCGCAAACCUCCAGGUUACAGAUGUCAGCUUUCAGCUUGUCCUUAUUUAUUCUGGUGAAACGAGCUCCUGGGGGGCUCGUUUCAGAUUGCUGGUUGUUGUAAAGGUGGGUUUCCAUCUCUCCCAGACACUUGGAGGUGUUGGGGCUACUCUCACCGGGAUCUGGCCUUGGGACUCUGGCUGAUUUCUGGGAUGGCAGCCAUUUUUAAGACGCCUGGCAACAGAGCAGCUGUAGCUCAGUGUAUGCAGAAGGUCCCCGGUUCAGUUCCCAAUGGCAUCUUCAGGUUUCUGCCAUAAAUCCAGCAGGGCUGCUGCCUGCCCGUGUAGGCAGCACUGAGCUCAAUGAACCAAUGGUCUGGCUCUGUAGGAGGCAGACUUCCUAGCUUCCCAAUAAAGAGUCAUAGGACGCUUUUGAAAACUGCCCAAUUUAUUAUGGCACAAGCUUUUCAUGCAAAGAAGUCUAGUCCGUGGAAGUGUCCCACUGAGUUCAAAGGGGGCUGGCGUCCCCGAUAUGUCUGUUGUUUUUGCAGGUUACAGUGGUGGGUUUGUGCUUUUUGGUUUAUAGAAGUGUAAACCACUAUGCACACAGUUAAGACUGUGGAACUCCUUGCCACAGGAGCCAGCGAUGGCUGGCCACCAGCUUGGCUUUGAAAGAGGACCAGGCAAACGCAUGGAGGAUAAGGCCAUGCUUAAGCUCUGCUCCGAAUGCCAGUUGCUUGUGGGCUGCUUUCUCAUCGGGGCAUCUUCUUGGCCGCUGUGAGACCGAGGUGCUGGCUAGACAAGCCUUUGGCCUGAUCCCUAGAAUCAUAAGAGAGUUGGAAGGGUCAUGUGGUCCCUGCGGUGCGGGAAUCGCAGCAGGACUCUCCUCGCACCCUUUGCCCAUUUGGCGUGAAAUUUUUCACGGUCACCCCGCCAGAUGGUUGCCCAGCCUGAGCAUGGAAAACUCGGAAGCAAUAGUUUAAAAGCUGCAAUCUGCAUGUGCAGAGGUGCUAUAGAGGAGUGCUGAGAAGGAACCGUGUCAGAGACACCCCCAGGUUGCCCCUAAUAACACCCUGCCCUAGAGCAGUAGCUUGGCAAGGCUGAUUGGCAAAAAUGCAUUGCUUGUGUUUUAGCAAGUGAAAGGUAGAUUUUGUGAGGUUGCUAGCCACAAGGCCCGGCCCUUAAGCAAAUGCUUAAAAUAAGAAUGGGUGGAAGCAGUAGAUGCAAGCUCUCCCAAGUGCCACAAUACUAAAAUCGCAGCAAUCUUUUUUUCUUGGCCGUUUCAGAACUUUCCCUCUCUGCAACUUGAAAGCACAAUUAUGUGACCAAACCACAACCGAUUGCACUUCACAGCUAACAACGCAAAUAUACAGCCUCUCUCCUUCUUUUUUGACUGUUUAUUUCCUUUCCAAAGUUAUUUAUUGACCAUUCCACCACCCCGCCCCAGAAAUUCCCCAAGCAGCAUACAAAAUUAAAGAAAAAUAAAUCUCCCCUCCCUAUGGAUCGAUAACAUUACUGUCAUUAAAACAGUCCAAAGGGGUGAGGGGGCUGACUGUGGGGACUCUGCACACUCAGACGCAGCAACAUUAUGGAGACCACAGUGGCAGCUGGUUCCUUUGGGCACAGGGAACGUUGCCCGCCAACCUCAAACUACACUCUGCCAGCCUCCGCUGCUUGCUUCCUUUAUUACAACUAUUCCAGGGGGUUGCACUGCCAGCCAACUUCCUUCCCCCUCCAUAGUCUCAGCUUUGAACUCAGCAAGGAAGAUGGGGAAGAUGUGAGGAUGAGUUUGCUCUGGCGCCACCUACUGUUCAGCUCCCUGCCCUGUGCCCUACCGGUUGACACUACUCCUAGAAUCCCAGAAUUGUAGAGUCAUCUAGUGCAAUGCAGGGAUCUCAAGUGGGAGGCUGCUUAUCAAAGAUGGAAGUGGGGUUUGGGAGCAUCGCUUGUGGUCCGGCUGUGCAUCCCUGGGAGGUGAGCAUUCACCAGGGCGCACACUCCCGUUCUGCUUCUGCUCCCAUUCAUUGUAGUAGCUCAAAAGUUCUCUUGGGGCCGUUCUCACAUUCUGGAGGCAGAACUGCAGGCUGCAUCUAGUUCCAGGAUUCCAUAAGCACACAUUGCACCAACUGACAAAGCAGAAUGUGAGAACACUGCAAAGCAAGGCAUUUAGACUUCCAGCUGCUCAGAUGCAAAUCGGAGGUACCCUGUAGCCAAGGCUAAAUGUUUUACUUUAAGUCUCUCUGGGUUGUAUUCCACGGGAACAACUUCUUCCCGCAUGAUGGAACAUUCCCCUCUCCCCCCCCCUUCCGCACAUGCCCCCUAAAUCUCUGGCACAGUUUUGGGGAUGGCGCACAGAGCACUGGCGCAGGGGAGAGGAAACAUUCUUGCACGAAUGCAAAAAGUCUGAAUACUGCCCCGUUUCGGUACCCUGCGUAAUAAAUAUGGUUUACGUGAUUCUCUGUGGGUGACUCUUCAGCAGAUUAGUCAGAGUGGGGAAAGACUCCCUCCCCAAUAUGCUUUAACACCCGGGGGUGGGCAUUAUUUCUGCCUUGUGGGAUGCAGUGCAGUUUGUGCAAUGUGCAAAGAAUCGUGGAACAAGCUGUUUGUGUUUAGUUCUGCCUUUUCUGAGGGGCUUUGGCCUGGGUCUGUCAGGCCUGGCUCAUUAGUUAAAGGCCAUUUCAAACGAGCGUCAGGUAUUUUUGUACUUGGGUACACUGUCAUGUUCACAGAUCGCGCCUCUUUUAAAAAGAAAACAGCCCAGAAUAAAUCCAUGCACACAUCACCUCUGGAUUUGCAGGGAAGUGCGCUGUACCUAAGCACCAAAAUAUCUCGUCGGUGAGAGUGCAGCAGCCAAGGGGUCAGUGAAGCUGCUAGCCACUGCCGGGAGAGGGGUGCCCUUCAGGGCCCUGCGGUCCUCGGCUGGGAAAUGGGGGUGUCUGGAGCCCCUCACUAUCCACAGCACAAGCAAGACCUCGCUUAGGUACGCUUCGCGCACCACACAUUUCAGUGUGUGGGUUUCUCCUGUGUCCGUUUGCAGUUUGGUUCUGUCAAGUGUUGUUCAAAGCACUAAUAGUUAUGUAUAUUUUUUGGUGGGGGGGAAUAAAUAAAAGCUAUUUACGAAUAAUAAAAGUUGCUAUUCACUGCA